CAUCAGAAGAAGAAGACGACGAAGAAGAAGAAGAAGAAGAAGAAGACGAAGAAGAAGAAGAAUUUGUUCGAUUUCGGUCGGUUUCAUUUACUGCGUAUCAGUCAGGGGCUUUUAAUGCACAAUAAUGAACUAUUGUGACUACGACUCUGACGGAUAUUCGUCCAAUGAGGACGCAGACUACGUCCCAUCAGAUGAUAAUUUAAGCGAGGAUGACAUUAACCAGUGUUUAAAGGAAGACCCUCUGUACGAAGAUGAUGUUGUACCACAUCCUGAUGAUGUCAGCAAAACAAAAAGGAAGAAGAAGGCCAUCAGCAUGAGAAAGAGGAAGAAAGGAGUACUAAAAUUCGAGAUGGAAGGAGGGGAUGGAGGUGAAGCACAAGAGUCCCAUCCAGCACAGGAAGAGAUGGUCAAAUCCAGAGGGGAAGGAGAUGUUGAUGAAGAGAAAUCGAAGAAAAAAUCUGAUGACCUCUGGGUGAGAUUCCUGUCUGAUGUUGGAUCCAGACCUAAACAAUCCACAGAUAAUGCACAGUCAAGUACCACACAGAAGGCAGACUCUCCAGCAAUGAAGACUGCUCUUUUGACUAAAGAAACAACAGCAUCAGAACCUGCCAACGUCACCGUCACUAAAGUGUUUGACUUUGCUGGAGAAGAAGUUAGAGUUAAUAAAGUGGUGUCAGCAAACUCCAGAGAAGGUCAGAGUUAUCUGAAGAGCCAAAAUGCUGAACCGGAGGAGAAUGGAGAAAAAGACAUAAACUCAUCACCCGGUCAACAACCUCUUCCUGGCACCAGUGCUAAGCGACCAGCAGGCAUGUCAAGCCUUUUGAGUCGUAUGGGGGGAAAGAAACAAAAGAUGAGCACACUUGAAAAAUCAAAGAUGGACUGGGACGCAUUCAAAUCAGAGGAGGGCAUCACGGAGGAGCUGGCUAUUCACAACAGAGGCAGAGAAGGGUUUGUGGAGCGGAAGAACUUCUUGGAGCGGGUCGACCAUCGCCAGUUUGAGUUAGAAAAAGCAGUACGACUGAGCAACAUGAAACAAUGAUAGAGUUGCCGUUUCCUCAGUAAAGCUGCCCCAGACUGGUACUGUAGCUUGGGUCUAUUUCAGAACAUGGAUAUUAAUAGGUGUAGUUUGUGUAAUGGUCGGGUUGAGUGUUCUGUCCUUCCAUCAUUGUGAGAACCAAUUAGAUUUUCAAAUCUAAUUGUUUAAUAAUUCAAAUCUAAUAGAUUAAUAAAUCUAAUCUAAGAACA